AUGGCUGUCGCCGUAAAAAAAGGCGUAUACAUAGUGGCAGCGAAACGCACACCGUUCGGCAAAAUGGGUGGCAUGUUAAAAAACGUGCAUCCUGCCGAUUUGUUAGCAGUGACCGCCAAAGACGCCUUCAAAUCAGGGAACAUCGCGCCCAGUGCGAUUGAUACCGUCAACGUUGGGAUGGUCAAUGUACUAAGCGGUAGUUCUGAUGGAGGCCUGUCCCCUCGACAUGCGGCUCUCAAGUCUGGCGUACCUCAAGAGACGCCAGCCCUUGGAGUCAACAGACUGUGUGGCUCGGGAUUUCAAGCUAUUAUUAACAGUGCUCAGGACAUUUUAAUUGGAGCUGCUCAAAUAUCCCUAGCAGGUGGUACUGAAAAUAUGUCCUCAGUUCCAUUUGUCGUAAGAAACGUUCGCUUUGGAGUACCUUUGGGGGUUACAACGGAAUUUGAAGAUUUGUUAACUAAAAGUUCUUUGGAUACGUAUUGUAAUUUCACAAUGCCACAAACUGCCGAAAAUUUGGCUGAUCAGUACAGUUUGAAAAGAAGUGUAGUUGACGAAUUUGCGUACCAGUCGCAACAAAAAUGGAAACUUGCGCAAGAUAAUGGUGUAUUUAAGUCAGAAAUGACGCCAGUUCCGGUUAAAUCGAAGAAACAAGAGAUUAUCAUGGACAAAGAUGAGCAUCCGCGACCAGAAACUUCCCUUGAAGCUCUACAUAAGUUGCCAGUGUUAUUUAGAAAGGGGGGUGUUGUUACUGCUGGAAAUUCUUCGGGUGUGAAUGAUGGAGCUGGAGCCAUAGUAUUAGCGAGUGAAGAAGCACUAAAGCAGCAUGGUUUGAAACCUUUGGCCCGAUUGUUAGGUUGGUCCUUCGUGGGCGUGGACCCCAAGAUCAUGGGUAUUGGACCAGUUCCCGCAAUACAGGGCCUCCUUAGUGCUACGAAAAUGACACUUAAUGAUGUCGACUUAGUAGAGAUAAAUGAAGCUUUCGCAGCUCAAACACUAGCUUGCGUGAAAGCUUUAGAUUUAGAUCAGAGCAAAUUAAACGUCAACGGUGGAGCCAUCGCACUUGGCCACCCGCUUGGCGCCUCGGGAGCCAGGAUUACAGCACAUCUUACUCAUGAACUAAGGCGACGAGGUCUGAAGAGGGGCAUCGGGUCAGCGUGUAUUGGCGGCGGUCAAGGCAUCGCAUUACUCAUUGAAACUGUU